AUGGUACAGCUUUAUAAUGAUGUAUUGAAGGGCAAAUCCCAUCCAGAUAAAGACAAUGUAUCUUACAUUAAACUCCUGCCUAAACCAGGGAAAGACCCCCUUAUGCCUAGUUCGUAUAGACCUAUAUCCCUAAUAAACGUAGACACAAAGAUCCUAUCAAAAAUCGUUGCGGACAGGCUAGCUUCUUUUUUACCAUCUUUGAUAGGUGAUGAACAAGUGGGGUUUGUCCAGGGCCGUUCAGCGGUCAAAAAUAUUCGGACAGUUUUAGCAGUUCUGGAUAGGGUUAGGAAUGACCCUCAGCCAGGGGAACAUCCAGCCAUGCUCACCUUAGACGCAGAAAAAGCUUUUGAUAACGUAAGGUGGGCAUGGCUGGAGGCGGUACUGGACAGAUUGGGAUUUGAAGGGGCUUUUAGGACAUUUAUUACAAAUUUAUACAAUAACCCAAAAGCAAGGGUAUACACCCAGGGCUAUCUUUCCAAACCGUUUAAAUUGGAAAAGGGUACAAGACAGGGGUGCCCGCUUUCUCCCUUGCUUUUCAACCUAGCGCUUGAACCCCUAUCGCGGCUUCUUUGCUCGUCAGAUUUAUACACGGGUGUUGAGGUAGGAACCAAACAAGUGAAGGCGGCGCUCUUUGCCGAUGAUGUGGUGUUAUUUUUGGCCAGACCGGGGGAGCACAUCCCAGUUGUAUUCGAGGCUUUAGAGGCUUUUGGAAGCUACUCAGGUUAUAAGGUUAAUAUUUCCAAAUGUGAACUCCUACCUUUGGUGCCCAUGAAUAAUAUCUUACAAAAGGUGUCAAAUGGUAACGAGAAGGACACAGAUAUGCACAUUGAGGGUUCCCUAAGUGCCCGGGAGAAGGUUGGAGUGCAAGAUUUUGUGCUGCUAGAUUCCCACACCAGUGAGACCGCUUUCCUUGAAAACCUACGCAAACGGUUCCAGGAGAAUCUUAUCUAUACGUAUAUUGGGACACUGCUGGUUUCUAUGAACCCAUAUAUGGAUCUUGAUCUGUAUACCCAACAUCAGAUGAACAUGUACCAAGGUGUAAAUUUAAUUGAGCUGCCUCCACACAUCUAUGCAGUUGCAGAUAAUGCCUAUAGGGUGAUGUGCACAGAGAGGAACAAUCACUGCAUACUGAUAUCCGGAGAAAGUGGAUCUGGAAAAACAGAGACAUCAAAGAAAACCCUUCAGUAUUUGGCUAUGGCAUGUCCAACCACAGAGAAGAUUCACACAAUCAGAGACAGGCUUCUCCUUUCGAAUCCUGUCCUGGAGGCUUUUGGAAAUGCCAAAACUCUCUGUAAUGACAACUCAAGCAGAUUUGGAAAAUAUAUGGAUGUACAAUUUGACUACAAGGGUGCGCCGGCUGGAGGACAUAUUCUUAGCUAUUUGAUAGAGAAGUCACGGGUGGUCCAUCAGAAUCAAGGUGAGAGGAACUUCCACAUAUUCUAUCAGUUAUUGGAGGGAGGAGAAGAUCAUCUGAUACGUUGGUUGGGCCUGGAGCGUAAACCUGAGCUUUAUAGCUACCUUGUCCAAGGUGAAUGUGCCAAAGUAAGUACCAUCUGUGACAAGUCAAACUGGAAGCUGGUACGUAGGGCUUUUACUAUCAUUGAGCUCACUGAGGCGGACAUCGAGAAUCUCUUUGGAUUAGUAGCCAGUGUCUUGCAUCUGGGGAACAUAAAGUAUGAGGAAGACAGCCAUGGCCAUGCCAUAAUUAAGAAUGGCACACAAAUCCAGCUGGUAUCAAAGCUUCUUGGAAUUCCUGUGUCCCUGUUACAAGAGGCUUUAACACACAAGAAGAUUGAAGCUAGAUAUGAGCAGGUUCUCAGUCCUCUGAACUUAGAGUUGGCCUACUAUGCCCGUGAUGCCCUUGCCAAAGCAAUGUAUGGGAGAUCCUUCAGCUGGCUUGUUAAUAAAAUUAACGGAUCUCUAGUUAAUAAGGAACCACCAAAGAAAGCUGUAAUUGGACUUUUGGACAUCUAUGGCUUUGAGGUUUUUGAAACAAACAGCUUUGAGCAGUUCUGCAUUAAUUACUGCAAUGAAAAACUGCAGCAGCUCUUCAUUGCUAUGACACUAAAGGCAGAGCAAGAAGAAUAUGAAACAGAGGGAAUUGAGUGGGAACCCGUCCAGUAUUUCGACAACAAAAUUAUUUGUGACUUAAUUGAAGAGAAGCACAAGGGAAUCAUCGCUAUAAUGGAUGAAGAAUGUUUACGUCCCGGGGAAGCCACUGAUCUUAGCUUUCUAGCAAAGCUGGAAGAAAAGGUUGGAGAUCACCCUCACUUUACGACCCGCAAACUUGCCGGCCCUGGAGCCAGGAUUUCAAUAGACUGGGUAGAUUUCCAGUUAAUCCACUAUGCGGGAGAAGUUACAUAUUGUGCUGUAGGAUUUUUGGAGAAAAAUAAUGACUUGCUUUACAGGAAUCUCAAGGAGGUGCUUAUAAAAUCGAAAAAUUAUAUAGUAAGGGACUGCUUUCACACUUCAGAACUGGACAACAAAAAGCGGCCUGAGACUGUGACCACCCAGUUCAAGAAUAGUUUGACAAGUCUGAUAGAAAUCCUGAUGUCUAAGGAACCUGCAUAUAUUAGAUGUAUCAAACCAAACAACAACAAGCUUCCAGGAAAAUUUGAUGAAAUGUUGGUCCGCCACCAGGUAAAAUACCUAGGUUUAAUGGAGCAUUUAAGAGUCAGAAGAGCAGGAUUUGCAUACCGUAGAAAAUACGAGACAUUCUUACAGAGAUAUAAAUCAUUGUGUCCAGAAACAUGGCCAAACUGGGCUGGUCCUGCACGAGAAGGCGUUGAGAGGUUGGUGAAGUAUAAUGGUUACCAACCGAAUGAAUACAAGCUUGGAAGGACGAAACUUUUCAUACGCUUUCCCCGUACUUUAUUUUCCACCGUGGAUGCAUUUGAAUUGAGAAAGCAUCAGUUGGUUUCUAAAAUCCAAGCCAAAUACAAAGCGUGUUUAGGAAAGAGAGCUUUUUUGAAAAAGAAGAAAGCAGCUAUCAAACUGGAAGCAUGCUGGAGAGGAGUCAUGGGCCGUAAAGCUGCCAAGAAGCGAGCAUGGGCUGCACAAGUCAUACGGAAUUUCAUCAGUGGAUUCAUAAACCGGAAUAAAAAGUCUAGUGACACAAACAGAGAUUUUCUUUGCAUGAUGCAUUAUAACUACCUCGUAAAACUGAAGGACCAUGUGCCCAAAAAUGUGCUUGACAAGACUUGGCUACAGCCGCCGAUGGCUAUGACAAAGACCUCAGAAUUGCUUCAUAAAAUGUGCAUCAGAAAUUUGGUGAGGAAAUACUGCAGAUCAAUUACUCCUCAAAGAACAGAACAGAUGCGCCUGAAAGUUGUGGCCAGUGAACUUUUCCAAGGGAAGAAGGAAGGCUAUGAGCAAAGUAUUAGCCAACCUUUUGAAGAAUCGCGGUUGACUGAUCAGGAUAUCAGUCCGAAAGUCCAUCAGCUCAUGUUAUAUGACAAGAUGAAGUAUGGCACUGCAGUAAUAAAGUACGACAGGAAUGGAUUUAAAGCUCGACCUCGGAAUCUCGUGUUGACACAGACAACACUAUAUGUCACCGAGCUAGCCAAGAUCAAGCAAAAGAUUGAAUACACAAACCUGAAAGAAAUAUCUGUCAGUAACUUGAGUGAUGGAUUCUUAGUCGUCCAUGUAUCUCCAGAAGACAAUAAGCAGAAGGGGGAUGUUGUAUUACAAUGCGAUCAUAUCUUUGAGGUGGUCACCAAGCUGUGCAUGCUGGCCUCGAAACAAGAUGCUAUCAACAUAUGCAAAGGAUGCAUCAAAUUUCAAUUUCAAAGCAAGAGUGCAGUUAUCGAUUUCACAACAGCAGCAGAGUCCCAGGUGUACAAGGCCAAGAAUGGGCACCUCACCGUGACAUCACCGAGAUUAAAAUCCAAAUGAAGAUCGGCAUAAUCCGCGGAUUGUACCCAUUACCAAUAG